UUUCCCUCAGGCUAGGACCUCGGGUGAUGCGGGGAUCGGAUGACGGACGUGGGAGGCACCGAGAUGAACCCCAAUGGUCUAGGAGAGAUGAGGAGGAAUCAAGUGAAGAUGAAUCACCAAGAAAAAAGCCCAGUCUUCAGUCUCAAGUGAUAACAACUCCUAAGGAGAUGAAAAGUCGAGAAAAAGCAAUGACAGAACAGUCACAAGAUAAAGAGAAUCUAGCUAGGAGUCGACGCAUGUUUGGGGCUUUGCUAGGUACCCUGAAGAGAUUCAAAGAAGAGGAGAAGAACCUUGAAAGCAAGGAGAAGAAACGAGCUCAUGUGGAAGAGAAGCUAGAGAAAGCCGCCAGAGAAGAAAAGGAGCGUCUCCACAAGGAGAAGCUGGAUUUGUUGUUCCAGCGGAAGCGACAGCAAGCCGACAUCAAACGACUCGAAUACAAGGCCUUUCGCUUGAAGGAGCACAAAGCAUGGGAGCUUCGAUCGGAGCCUCUAAAGAAUUUCAUUCAAACCCGGACCAAGCCCCAUAUCUUCUAUCUCCCGAAAGUCAUCAAGGACAAGGAUAAAGGGAAGAUUCAGGCCACGAAGGAGAAAGUCGAAAAGAUGAUCCAAGAGCGGGAGAGGCUCCUCGAGGAGGAAUUCGAGGACAUGGAAGCCCGGAUCCAGCGAAGGCGGCAGGCGCGAGAGGAGCGGAUGAAGCAGUGGCAGGCGGAAGGACGGGCCGUCGAGAUGGAGGAAGAAGACGAGGAGGAGGAGGAGGUCGAAGCGCACGGCGAGGACUGGAAGGCGGAGGAAAACGGGGAGACGGAGAGGAAAGACGAAAAGAAGGAGACGGAGCAGGCGAAGAAAGACGAACGCGAAGAGAAUGCAGGAGGUGAGGCCGACGUGGACGAAGAGAUGGAGCCGAAGAGGGAGGAGGUGGAGGAGGAGGAGGUGCAUCCGCCCGAUCAAGAGAAUCCGGUGGACGAGAAGGAGUUCGUCCCCAUCUACGACGAGUGAGACCGGACUGGUUUAUAAAUAGGUUUUUUUUUCAUCGCCGAGUCGAUUGUCGUCGCCGGGCUCGCUUUCUCCGUCGGGAAUGGCAUUUUCGGAUGACCGAUCGAAUAAAGCUUCACGUUCGCCAUUUUUUUCUGCGACGAGGUUUCGCUUUCGCCCGCCGGGAUGGGGGUUGGGGGCGAGGUGCCGGUCGCGAUCGGCAUGAGGGUAAGGGG